AUGCCUCGUCAAGCUCAUGGGCGACCGCUCCAGCCCGGCCGGACCAAUGUGGCAAGCAAGAAAAAGACGCCUCGAAACCGCGGGCUAAAUGCCCUCGAGAUCGCGGAACGAGAGAGUCCCGAUGAUAUCAAAAUCCGCCAACACCGUCUCGGACAGAUCGACGAUGACGACGGUAACUCACGCAGUCGAGCAGAUGCAGACGAGCGCUCCUCGAAGCGGAGGAAGAUUGACAUUACACACGAGGAUGAGAUUGCAGAUGAAGGCUCCGACCUGGAGGGUAACCGGUGGCACGAAGGCAUCGACGAGGAUGACGAAGAUAGCGACAUUGACAGCGAAGAUGCGUUUGGGGCGAGCGACGAAGAACGAUUCGCAGACUUUACAUUCCGAGGGAGCGCUACCGCGUCGUCGGCAGAGCCCAAGAAACCUCGCAGGCACGCAGACGUCGAUGUAGAUGAAGACGAGGUUACGGAUAAUGACGACGUAGAAGCUGAGGAUGAGGAUGAGGACGAUUUUGGUGACGAGGGCGUCGACCUGGCUACAGCUUGGGAUAUGGACGAUCAAGAUGAACGAGAAGCCUCGAAGCGGCAACGAAAACGCCGUGCAGGAGCUGAAAGCGACGAGGAAGAUCUCUUGACAGGCUUGGAUGAGGAAGAUGAAGACGAAGACGGUGAUGGUUCCGAAGCUGAAGACGACUCAGAGUCGACAUUCUCCAUAUCUGAUGAUGAUGGUGGUGGAGAUCAUUCUCGACUGCAGAGUUUCGUCGAAGAGCUUGCAGGUGGCGACAGAGCGCAGCCCAAGAAACAGCGUCGCGUUCAGAGCCUGCCGGACAAGCCAUCUCAGUUUGGUCUCGGUUCAGCUAAGAUUUCAGCCGCUGAUUUACUACAAUACAUCAAGGACCCUCGUCAACGGCAAUCGCUCAAGAUCCUACAGAGUAGCGAGGAAAGAGGCAACGAGCCAUACAAAGGAGGUAUUCCUGGCAAACUUGCACCGCCCUUGGCCAAGCGACAGCAGGAUCGUCUCGAUCGGUCUGCCGCCUACGAUGAGACCAAGAAAGAAUUGGGCAAGUGGAUUGAGACGGUCAAACGAAACCGGCGAGCGGAGCAUCUGUCGUUCCCGCUUGUUGACGCCGCAGCUGCUGGCAUGUUGAGCGGCAAGCAGCUGGGGCCCACUUCCACCUCAAUGCCUAUGACGGAUCUCGAGGCUACCAUUCAGAGCAUAAUGAUAGAAAGCGGUAUGUUGACGAAAGAUGGUCGCCCCCAGGAAGGUCGAGAAAACGAGUAUGAAGAGUUGCAUGAGAAGCAAAUGCCGCUGGCUGAAGUCCGGGCUCGACGAGCCGAGCUUCGCCGGCAACGAGAUCUGAUGUUCCGGGAAGAAAUCCGCGCCCGACGAAUCAAAAAGAUCAAAAGCAAGGCAUUCCGUCGUGUCCAUCGGAAAGAGCGAGAGAAGGCCGAUGAAGGACAUAGAGCCCUGCUAGAUGCACAGGGCUUCCUCAAUUCAGACGAAGAAAGAGAGAAGAAUGACCGAAGACGUGCCGAAGAGAGAAUGGGUGCGCGGCAUAGGGAGAGCAAAUGGGCAAAGAGUGUCAAGCUCACGGGCAGAGCUGCUUGGGACGAUGACGCCAGACACGGUGUCACCGACCUUGCACGUCGUGAUGAAGAGUUGCGAAGGCGCAUCGAAGGCAAGGCGGAUGCCGGCUCUGAUGUAUCAGAUUCCGAGUCCUCCGACUUUGACGGGUUCUCGGGCUCAGACGAGGAAAAGGACCACCUCAGAAUCAAGCUUGAUGAGCUUGAUGCUGAUGAGCCUGCCGCGUCCGAGACACGACUCGCCUCAAUGGCAUUCAUGAGGAAAGCCGAAGCUGCGAGGAAAGCCGCCAACGAGGAAGAGAUGCGCAAUAUCAGACGCAACUUGCGCGGUGACAAUGAACAAGAUUCUGCGGACGAGGCAGAUACAGAGGAGGAGGAAAGCACAGUCGGCCGUCAAAAGUUUGGUCCUACAGGCAAGGAGGGUCCGGCUAGACCUCUGCCGCACGUGGAGAAGAGCGAGUUCGAGGAGCGCGAGUCCGAGAAUGAACUCGAAGACCUUGGCGACACUGACCCGGAAGGCACUAGAAACUCGAAGAGUACCACGACGGUAACCAGUACGCCAGCAACCAAAGGUGCUCUACGACUUAAACCCUCUUCCCAGUCGUCGGGAGCAGCACUUUUGACAAGUGAGCUAGCGAAGCCUGGGAUCGGGCCCAGUAUAAAGACCAAACAAGCUCCGGCGGCGGCUACACAAGAGACUGCUAUGCCCCUCGUCAAGAUGUCGAAGGUCACAAAAACACAAUUGGCCGACUACACCAGUCCGUCAGAGUCAGAAGACACAGAGGACGAAAAAGCUGCGUUGGCUCAAGCUAUCUUCGCCGGGUCUGAUGAAGUGCAGCGCGAGUUCGCCAAGGAGAAGAAAGCGACAGUCGAAGAAGAAGGCGACCAAGUCAUCGACAACAGCCUUCCCGGCUGGGGCAGCUGGGCGGGCGAAGGUAUCAGCAAGAAAGCCCAAAAGCGAGCCAAAGGACGCUUCGUGACAACCAUAAAAGGCGUGGCAAAAGACAAGCGACAAGACGCCAAGCUGGACAAGGUCAUUGUCAAUGAAAAGCGCGUGAAGAAGAACAACAAGUACCUGGCCAGCGAGCUGCCUCAUCCGUUCGAGUCAAGGCAGCAAUACGAGCGGUCGCUCCGUCUACCAUUGGGCCCUGAAUGGACGACGAAGACGACGUUCCAGGAUGCCACGAAGCCGCGGGUCUUGAUUAAGCAGGGCGUCAUUCGACCAAUGGCGAAACCGAUGGCUUGA